CGCCCUCGCUCGCUGGCUUCUAGCUGGCUGGCUCCCUCCUUCCUUGUGGCGUGUGUGUCUCCUUCUCUCUCGCCCCUCUCCUCCUCUCUUCCUCCUCCUCCUCCUCCUCCUCCUCCACAACUCACUGGAUAUUACCCAGCAGCCAGGAUCGACGCCACCGCCGCCGCCGCCACCACCACCACCGCCACGGCUAUCCUGCUGCUGAGUCUCCUCCGGCCGGAGCGCAGCCAUGAACCCAGCCGAAGGGGCAGCCGAGGAAGGGGCAGUGCCCGAUUCAGAGGUGGAUGCCUUUUUCCGAACAGGAUCUUUCCGAAAUGAUGGCUUAAAAGCUGCUGAUGUCCUUCCCAUAUUAAAGGAAAAAGUGGCCUUUGUGUCAGGUGGCCGUGAUAAACGAGGGGGUCCCAUCCUGACAUUUCCAGCUCGCAGCAAUCAUGACAGAAUAAGGCAGGAAGACCUUCGGAAACUUGUGACUUACUUGGCCAGUGUACCAAGUGAAGAUGUCUGCAAACGAGGUUUCACUGUCAUCAUUGAUAUGCGGGGGUCUAAAUGGGACCUGAUCAAGCCUCUCUUGAAGACCCUUCAGGAGGCCUUCCCUGCAGAAAUUCAUGUUGCCCUGAUAAUCAAGCCAGAUAACUUCUGGCAGAAGCAGAAGACAAAUUUUGGGAGUUCGAAGUUUAUCUUUGAGACGAGCAUGGUCUCAGUAGAAGGACUAGCAAAACUGGUGGAUCCCUCCCAACUAACAGAGGAGUUUGAAGGGACCUUGGAUUACAAUCAUGAUGAAUGGAUAGAGCUGAGGGUCUCCUUGGAAGAAUUUUUUAACAGCGCCAUUCAUUUGUUAUCCAGAUUAGAGGACCUUCAAGAAAUGCUGGCUAGGAAGGAAUUUCCUGUGGAUGUGGAGGGCUCAAGAAGACUAAUAGAUGAACACACACAGCUCAAGAAGAAAGUGAUUAAAGCUCCUGUAGAAGAAUUGGACCACGAGGGUCAGAGAUUAUUACAGUGCAUAAGGUGUAGUGAUGGUUUUUCUGGUAGGAACUGCAUUCCAGGGAGUGCAGAUUUCCAGAGUCUUGUGCCAAAGAUCACCAGCCUUUUGGACAAGCUGCAUUCAACACGGCAACACUUGCAUCAGAUGUGGCAUGUCCGUAAAUUGAAACUGGACCAAUGCUUUCAACUGCGACUUUUCGAGCAAGAUGCAGAAAAGAUGUUUGACUGGAUCAGCCACAACAAAGAGUUAUUCCUCCAGAGCCAUACUGAAAUUGGAGUGAGCUACCAACAUGCCCUUGAUUUACAGACACAGCAUAACCACUUUGCCAUGAAUUCCAUGAAUGCCUAUGUGAAUAUAAAUCGCAUCAUGUCAGUUGCAGCCAGGCUAUCAGAGGCAGGCCACUAUGCAUCUCAACAAAUCAAACAGAUUUCUACUCAGCUAGAUCAAGAGUGGAAAAGCUUUGCUGCAGCACUGGAUGAGCGCAGCACCAUCCUGGCUAUGUCUGCUGUGUUUCACCAGAAGGCUGAACAGUUCCUCUCUGGUGUCGAUGCUUGGUGUAAAAUGUGCAGUGAAGGAGGCCUCCCAUCAGAAAUGCAAGAUCUGGAACUGGCCAUCCAUCAUCAUCAGUCCCUUUAUGAACAGGUCACCCAGGCUUACACCGAGGUAAGCCAGGAUGGAAAGGCUUUGCUGGAUGUCUUGCAGCGUCCUUUGAGUCCUGGGAACUCGGAAUCUCUCACUGCUACAGCUAAUUAUUCCAAGGCUGUUCACCAAGUUUUGGAUGUGGUUCAUGAAGUGUUACAUCACCAACGGCGCUUGGAGAGCAUUUGGCAGCACAGGAAGGUCCGGUUACAUCAAAGGCUUCAACUUUGCGUUUUCCAGCAAGAUGUUCAGCAGGUGCUGGACUGGAUUGAAAACCAUGGGGAGGCUUUUCUUAGUAAACAUACAGGAGUGGGAAAAUCCCUUCAUAGGGCACGAGCUCUUCAAAAAAGGCACGAUGAUUUUGAAGAAGUAGCACAGAAUACCUAUACUAAUGCUGACAAGCUACUGGAAGCUGCAGAGCAAUUGGCUCAGACUGGAGAGUGUGACCCUGAAGAGAUCUACAAAGCAGCACGGCAUCUAGAAGUGCGGAUUCAGGAUUUUGUCAGAAGAGUAGAACAGAGGAAGCUACUUUUGGACAUGUCAGUCUCCUUCCAUACCCAUACUAAAGAGCUUUGGACAUGGAUGGAAGAUCUUCAGAAGGAACUCUUGGAAGAUGUCUGCGCUGACUCGGUGGAUGCUGUUCAAGAACUCAUUAAGCAGUUCCAGCAGCAGCAAACAGCUACCCUUGAUGCUACUCUUAAUGUCAUCAAGGAAGGGGAAGAUCUAAUCCAGCAGCUCAGGGACUCAGCAGUUUCCAACAAUAAAACACCGCAUAAUAGCUCUAUCAGCCACAUUGAAUCUGUCCUCCAGCAACUUGAUGAAGCCCAGGUACAGAUGGAAGAGCUUUUCCAUGAGAGGAAAAUUAAGCUAGACAUCUUUCUUCAGCUCCGGAUUUUUGAACAAUAUACAAUCGAGGUGACAGCUGAGUUGGAUGCCUGGAAUGAAGACUUGCUAAGGCAAAUGAAUGAUUUUAAUACUGAAGACCUGACUCUGGCAGAGCAGCGCCUCCAGCGGCACACGGAGCGGAAGUUGGCUAUGAACAACAUGACUUUUGAGGUUAUCCAACAAGGCCAAGAUUUGCACCAAUACAUCAUGGAAGUCCAAGCUUCAGGCAUUGAACUGAUCUGUGAAAAGGACAUUGAUCUAGCAACACAAGUGCAAGAACUGUUGGAAUUUCUUCAUGAGAAGCAACAUGAGCUGGAGCUCAAUGCCGAUCAGACACACAAACGUCUAGAGCAGUGCCUUCAGCUCCGGCACCUGCAGGCAGAGGUCAAGCAGGUCCUUGGCUGGAUUCGGAAUGGAGAAUCGAUGCUCAAUGCAAGCCUUGUCAACGCAAGCUCCCUAUCAGAAGCUGAGCAGCUUCAGAGAGAACAUGAGCAAUUCCAGUUGGCUAUAGAGAAGACACACCAGAGUGCCCUCCAGGUACAGCAGAAGGCAGAGGUAUUGCUACAGGCUGGGCACUAUGAUGCUGAUGCCAUCAGGGAAUGUGCAGAAAAGGUGGCAUUGCAUUGGCAGCAACUCAUGCUGAAGAUGGAGGACAGGCUGAAGCUGGUUAAUGCAUCUGUUGCGUUCUAUAAAACCUCCGAGCAGGUUUGCAGUGUCCUGGAGAGCUUGGAGCAGGAGUAUCGAAGAGAUGAAGACUGGUGUGGAGGCCGGGAUAAGCUUGGACCAGCGUCUGAAAUAGAUCAUGUCAUCCCUUUAAUCAGCAAACAUCUGGAACAGAAGGAAGCCUUUCUGAAGGCCUGCACACUAGCACGACGGAAUGCCGAAGUGUUUCUCAAGUACAUUCACAGAAACAACGUCAGCAUGCCAGGGGUAGUGAGCCAUACAAGAGGACCUGAACAACAAGUCAAAGCUAUUCUAAGUGAGCUGCUGCAGAGGGAGAACCGUGUCCUUCAUUUCUGGACCUUGAAGAAACGGCGAUUGGAUCAGUGCCAGCAGUAUGUGGUCUUUGAACGCAGUGCUAAGCAGGCCUUGAACUGGAUUCAGGAAACAGGAGAGUAUUAUCUUUCUACUCACAAUUCAACCGGGGAAUCGGCCGAAGAAACGCAAGAACUUCUGAAAGAAUACGGAGAAUUCAAAGUACCUGCCAAG